CUGAGCCCUGGGGUGGGCCUGAGGCACGCAGGCAGCGGUGUCCAGAAAGCAGCACCCAACACCCCCUGCCCCUACCUCCCAGGACACCCAAAGGCGAGCGGCCACCAUGCGCCUCCCUGAAAGCCUGCAGGACCUGACAGACAGUGAGACUGUGCGCUUUCUGAGGAGACCAAAGAGCAUCUCGAGGAUCUGCGGAGGGGUCUUUUCCCUGGUCAUCUUUUCCUCUCUCCUAACUGACGGUCACCAGAACAGGACAGACUCUCCUCAGCUUCACUGUGUCCUCAACAGCAACCAAGUGGCCUGUAGCUUUGCAGUAGGAGCUGGCUUCCUGUCCUUCCUCAGCUGUCUGGCCUUCCUUGCCCUCGACGCCUAUGAGAGCCGCAUCACAGGCAGCCGCUUUAAGACAGCCUUCCAGCUCUUGGACCUUAUCCUGGCUGUCCUCUGGGCAGGCGUCUGGUUUGUGGCCUUCUGCUUCCUAGCCAACCAGUGGCAGCACUCAAAAUCCAAGCACUUCCUCCUGGGGAAUAGCAGCGCCCAGGCAGCCAUUGCCUUCGCUUUCUUCUCUGUCCCUGUCUGGAUGUUCCAGGCCUACCUGGCCUUCCAGGAGCUCCAAGACGAGACUUCAGUCCCCUACAAGCGCUCCCUGGAUGAGGGUGGCGUGGUGCUGAAUACCCUCUCCUCUUCAUCCACUGCGAGCCCUGCCAACCCUCCCACCGCAGUCCCCAACAGUCUGAGUUAUACCAGCUCAGCCCUGUCGCCCUACCUCACUACUCCAAAGGCCCCCCGCCUGGCUAUGAUGCCAGACAGCUAAAUGGCCUUAUGUACAUCAGUAAAGAGCCCUGUGAGGGGCUUCUCAA